AGGAACUCAGUAUUUAUCCUAAUCAUUAGAAAAACUUUCAGAUUUAAUUAAUUUAAAUCUUAUUAUAUGUUGGAACAAUAUUGGACCGAUUGGAGCAUAGAACAUUUCUUUUUGCUUAUAAAAAUGUUUGAAGCUCUCUAAUUUAUAUCUGAAUAUGUCAGGUUGCGAUGUUUAAUUUGAAGGAGUGAAAUAAAUAGUAGACUCAUUAGAAAAAUGUUAAAAAUUAACCACUUUAGAUCUUCGUUUUAGUUAUAAUUAUUAUAUGGACUAUUAACUAGACCAAAUUAAAAUUAAAAGACUUGAUAAAAGGAUAUUAAAAAUGAAGAGAUUGGUAACCAAAUAUUUUACUUAUGAUGAUGAAUGA